AUGCCGCCCAACUAUAGAUCAGGCACUGACACCGAUUACCAACGCUGGCUUGCGAGUCAAGGUCGCCGCCCAUCGGACGACUCAAUACCUCGCUACGGACCCUACGAACCUGAUCCUUAUGAAGCGUACGAUGGUGAAGACGUCCGCCCUGAUAAUGUCGCCUCAUACGAAGCCAUGCACAAGCCUACGAAUCCAAACAACAACCCCUCAUUAAAUCUCGACAUUUCUCAACCAACAGCCAUCUCAGGCAUGGCCGUGUAUUAUAUCCUCGCCGUGGUGGUUCUCCUGGUAAUACGAUACGCCUGGCGGUCGCGGCGGCAAAGAGAGCCCAAAGAACUUGAACCGGCGUCGAAAGAAUAA